UAGAGAUCUUGGCAAUAUGAUGCGGUGGACUGCCGCGGUGGUCGCCGUGCUGGCGGCAUGCAGUGUAUGCGUGUCAAAAGCAGCCAGCACAGUGUCCGAACGAUUUCACGAUGCAAUUCAGAUUUUGCAAUCCGGCGACACCGCCACGGCCGAGAACCUGCUGCUUCGACUGAGCAAAGUGGCGCCGGAUGAUGUUGACGUGCACUUAGCGUUAGGCGCCAUGCAUCAGCUCGAGGGCGACGUGGAAUCCGCAACAAAAUACUACAACACUGUGCUCGCCCUGGACCCAGCGAACGACGCAGUUCAUGCCAACCUCGCGUGUCUCUAUUAUUCGGCUGGCUUCCCUUCCCGAGCAAUCGAGCAUUUCAAAGCCAGCGUCGCCACCAAUCCUUCGAAAGCACAAGGAAUGGCACACAUGAUCGCGUUGGCACAUCACAGCAUCGGCGACGACGUCGCAGCCAUCGCAUUGUUUGAUCUUGCUUUGCCGCUCCACGACAACAACGCGCAUUUUCAUUUCGAUUUUGCAGUGUCUCUUCAAGACGAGGGGCUUGCCAUGCGAGCCAAUGAAGAGUACAACCGAGCCCUCGCCACAGACCCCGAUUUCCCAGAGGCAUGGCUAAAUAUUGCCACGCUGCAUUUGCGCCAUGGUAGCUACUCGUCAGCCCUUCGAAACUUUGAGCGCGCGUUGCGAUGCACCAGGAUAUCCCCGACCUUGUCACUGCAAAUUGCCAUCAAUUACGGCGUGGCGUUGGAAGCUAACGGACAAGCCAUGGCAGCGUUGGCGCAGUUCAAAACGGCCAGAAGUCUGGUUGAAUCGAUGGAACACGUCGAAGCGAUAGACUUGUUUGAGCACACGACGCGAACGAGACGAGCGAUUGCUUUGUGGGUCGACUACGAAGCGACAUGGGACGCAUUUAUCGAUGCGACCAUUUCACGUCAGUUGAACAGGGGCGCAGUGAGCUCGUUGGUACCGUUUUCAAGCCUCCUGGUGGAUCUGCCGCCGCCCCUCCGCAAACGCAUCGCCGAAGCGUACGCCUCGACCCCGCCACGAUCGCCCCCUCUUGACCUCGACCGACGGUCCAACACGUCUCGCGUGCACGUGGGGUACUUGUCGUUCGACUUCAACAACCACCCGACGGCCCAUCUCAUGGAAGGGCUUUUUGUUCACCACAACACGUCGGCAUUUGAGGUGUCUGCCUGGAGCUACGGCAAAGACGACGGCAGUGCGUACCGGCAGUCGAUUCCGUCGCUCACCGAGCACUUUGUGGACGUGGUGCUCAUGGGAACCAACGACGCCGCUGCCGCCAUCGAACGCGCGAGAGUCGAAAUUCUUGUCGACGCGCAAGGCCAUACCCUCGGCCAAAGGCAUGCCAUCGUCGCCGCUCAACCAGCCCCGAUCAUCGUCAAUUUUCUGGUGUACCCUGGCACGUUGGGGGCGAAAUAUGUCGACUACUUAGUUUCUGACGUCCACGUAACACCAGCAGAGCAUGCAGAACACUACACGGAGCGCCUCAUGCUGCUGCCACAGUCGUACCAAGUCAACUACUACGCGACGUACGGUGCCGUCCACGACCCCACUCCACGGCCCCUGUUCAAGCGCUUUGCGUUUGCCAACUUUAACAAACUCGACAAGAUCGAGCCGCAGGUGUUUGGCGUGUGGAUGGCGGUCAUGCGGCGAGUGCCGUUCAGCGAGCUCUGGUUGCUGCACCCGACGUCGUCCAACACACGCAACCUCAUUGUCGCCAACAUUGUGCGCGAAGCGGCGCAACACGGCAUCGCUGCCUCGCGCAUUCGCUUCCUUCCUCGUGUGUCGAAAGCCGACCACUUGCGCAGACAACGCCAUGCUGACUUGUUCCUCGACACGUUCGUGUACGGUGCCCAUUCCACCGCGACAGACGCGCUGGCCGGGUCGCUGCCGGUGCUGACAUUGGCAGGAUCGUCGUUCCCCAGUCGAGUAGGCGUGUCGCUGCUGCAAAAUGCCAACAUGCCAUGGCUCGUGGUGCACACCGCCAAGGAAUUUGAAGACCUGGCAGUGAGACUGGCGACACAGCGGCAUGCCCUCCGACAUAUCGUGGACACUCUCGACACACUUGGACCUUCGACUGGGGUGACCGAAAUGCUUCCUCUCUUUCGCACGGACGAGUACACCCUCGAUCUCGAGCGGAUGUAUCGAAUGUCCGUCGAAGCUCGCCAACACCUUUCGUCGCGACAUCACCUCGUCCUCCCCCGACGACAUGGACCAACUAACUGAUGUACUUGGUUCCAACUUUGACCAAACUGUUCAGUACGUACGUGGUCCCCUCCAAGCCCACCACACCAACGAGUUCACCGACUUGGAAACCGAGUGGCAUCCAUGGCAUGACCUGUUUCAAACUUGCAAACAACAACCUUUGGUGUUGCAACGAUAUAGUGGCAUGGCCGACGCACAAUGUGUCGUAGGCGUGCUACUGGCGUUUACAUUCUAGUGAACUUGAUCGAAUGAUGUCGACAGCUUACAUGGUCCAAACCAAGGAGGAUGGUAAGAACUCCACACAAAAAGCGUUCUUCG